AAAGAGGGAGACGUGAUGAUUGGCGGAGCCUUUUCUAUCCACAGCACUAUUAUACAGCCUCCACUUUUCUUUACAGAGAAACCAGGUCGUCUCAGCUGUUCCAGUGUCAACCUCAGGGAGUUUCGAUUUGCCCAGACCAUGAUAUUUGCUAUUAAUGAAAUCAACAAAAGCAAUUUUCUCCUUCCCAACGUGUCUAUUGGAUAUCGUAUUUAUGACAACUGUGGCUCAACGUUAACCUCAAUACGUUCAGUAAUGGCCCUGAUGAAUGGUGAUGAGUGGACUUUGGAAAAGACUUGCUCUGGUCAAUCAGCUGUUCAUGCUAUUAUCGGGGAGUCUGAAUCCCAUUCCACUAUUGUUUUUGCACGGACAACUGGACCAUUUAAAAUACCAGUGAUAAGCCAUUCAGCUACUUGUGAGUGUUUGAGCAGCAGGAAGGCCUUUCCUUUUUUCUUUAGAACUAUUGCCAGCGACCUCUACCAAAGUCGAGCCCUCGCCCAGCUGGUUAAGCACUUUGGCUGGACCUGGGUCGGAGCAGUUAACAGUGACACAGACUACGGCAACAAUGGUAUAGCUAUCUUCUUAGCUGCUGCACAAGAGGAAGGAGUGUGUGUGGAGUACUCAGAGAGAUUUCACAGAGGAGAAACAGAAAAAAUUCGGAAAGUGGUCGAAAUUAUCCGCAGGAGCACAACCAGGAUCAUUGUUGCUUUCCUUGCCCAUGUAGAGAUGAACAGCCUUCUAGAGCAGUUAAAUUUGUACAACAUCACAGGCAAACAGUUCAUCGGCGUGGAGGCCUGGACCACUGCCGACAGCCUUGUGACUCCUACCAGCUUUAGCAUUCUCGGAGGUUCGUUGGGCUUUGCUGUGCAGAAGGUUGACGUCAGUGGCCUGGGUGAUUUUUUAAUCAAAGGUUUCUGGGAGACACAGCUUCAGUGCAAUCAGACAAAUGUGGACAAUACGGCAAAUGCAGGACUUUGCAAAGACAACCAGGAUCUAAUGAAGUUAAAAGAGAGCAAAGACGAUGUGACAGAGCUGAGAUUCUGUAGUAACAUAUACAAAGCAAUCUAUGCUGUAGCCUAUUCUUUGCACAACAUCCUAAACUGCUCCAACAGUCAGGGCUGUGACAAGGGAGUGAAGGUUACACCCUGGCAGGUGGUGGAGGCUCUAAAGCAGGUAAACUUUACAAUCAAAAGUGGGGACCAGGUGUGGUUUGACAGCACCGGGGCAACUGUGGCCAAGUAUGAUGUGGUGAACUGGCGGCGUGGACCCAAUGGAUCUGUUGAGUUUAAACCAGUUGGGUACUACGAUGACUCUCUGCCUCCUGGACAGAAGUUUGUUCUUAAUACUGAAGAUAUAAUGUGGUCUGGAGAAAGCAAAGAGUUUCCAGUGUCAGUGUGCAGUGAAAGCUGUCGUCCAGGAACUCAUAAAGUCCUUCAGAAAGGAAGGCCUGUGUGCUGCUAUGACUGUAUACCGUGUGCAGAUGGAGAAAUCAGCAACAGCACAGAUUCUAUUGACUGCAAAAAGUGUCCUGAAGAGUAUUGGUCCAAUCAAAACAGAGAUGCAUGUGUACUGAAAAAUGUUGAGUUCCUCUCCUUCACAGAGGUCAUGGGUAAAAUACUUGUGUUUUUUACUUUGUUAGGCGUGGUCCUGACAUUAAUAGUGGCCACUCUAUUCUUAAUCAAUAAGGACACUCCGUUGGUGAAGGCCAAUAACUCAGAGCUGAGCUUCCUGCUGCUCUUCUCGUUGACUCUGUGUUUCAUGUGCUCUUUGACCUUCAUCGGAAAGCCCACAACGUGGUCCUGCAUGCUGCGACACACAGCAUUCGGCAUCACCUUUGUCCUCUGUAUCUCGUGUAUACUUGGGAAAACAAUAGUGGUGUUAAUGGCCUUCAGGGCUACACUUCCAGGUAGUAAUGUCAUGAAGUGGUUUGGACCUGCGCAGCAGAGACUCAGUGUUAUGGCUUUCACCCUCAUACAGGUCAUAAUUUGCACAGUAUGGCUGACAAUCAACCCUCCUUUUGCUUUCAGAAAUAUGAAUCACUACAAGGACAAGAUUAUUCUCGAGUGUGCUCUGGGGUCAGCUGUAGGUUUCUGGGCUGUGCUAGGAUACAUUGGACUCCUGGCUGUCUUAUGUUUUGUGCUUGCUUUUCUGGCUAGAAAGUUACCGGAUAAUUUCAAUGAAGCUAAAUUCAUCACCUUCAGCAUGUUGAUAUUCUGUGCAGUCUGGAUCACUUUUAUCCCAGCGUAUGUCAGCUCUCCUGGGAAGUUCACUGUGGCUGUGGAGAUAUUUGCCAUCGUGGCUUCCAGCUAUGGGAUACUUUUUUGUAUAUUUGCACCCAAAUGCUUCAUUAUUAUUCUUAAACCUGAACUGAACACAAAGAAAAAUAUGAUGGCAAAAAAUACAACAUGA